CCUCCCCGCCGCUCCCUCAGGGGCUCUGCGACUCCCGCCCCCGGGGGCACCGCCCGCGGGCGGCAGCCGCCCCGCCCCCCCGCGCGCGCCUGGCCCUGACAUGGCGUUAACGGCGCCUCCACCCCGCCGGGCUCUGCUUUCCGCGGCGGACUCGCUGCUGCUACUACUGUUGGGGGCGGCGGCAGGAAGCUCUCAUUUCUUGGAUAAGACUCAACUCACAAAGAAAGGAGAUGCACACUUGAAACAAGAAGGUAUAAUUAGAAUUCACAACUCGGUGGCUCCCUCUGAACCCAUGAAAAUAACAUCUAUCCCAGAUGUUCCACAAACACCUCAUCAAAUACUUGGAAAAGAGAACUCAACUGUUCCAGUGUAUGUUCCUAUUAAUUCCAAAGGCUUAAUUCUUAAAUGCUUGACUGAAAAGUUGUUAAAGCAAGGAAUAAAUCAUCCAGAAUAUCAGUGGGUUGGUCCCAUGGGCUUGAUAACUAAAGUGUAUCAUAAGCCAGGGGAAAGCCUACAUCUGGCAUCAGAAUUCAAAACAGAAAGUUGUGAAACCAGUGCAGUUGUUUCCUUUGGAAAAAGACUAGAAGACUUGAAGAAAUUAAUUCAUGACUUGCAGUGUGGAAUUCAGCAAUGGAAUAUGCAGUGCCAUGCAGCCACAGAUACAAUAGCAAUGAUAACACACAAACUUACAUUCCAGUUUGUAGAUCCCUGUGAGAGUUCAGACUGUGAAAACUCCUCCAGCUGUAUCAAAAAGGCAUAUACCAAGAUUCACCAAUUUUUGAGAGUGCUAAGAUCACAAGAUCACAAUCAGCAGAUGCAUUAUAUUCCUGGAAGCCUUACAGGUUUGAAGAUAGACCACUGCAAACCAGGAUUUGGUAAAAAUAUAAGCAAUAGUACAGUGUGCACAGAAUGUUGCAUAGCAUGCCCACCUGGUAGAAUUAGUGCUGAGUAUAAUACCGUAUGUACGCUCUGUCCACCUGGAUCUUACAAUGAAAAAUAUGGGCAAACUGCAUGCAAAAGCUGUCCAAAGCAACAUACUACUGUUAGAAAAGGAGCCAAAACUGCAAGUGACUGUCAUAGAACUCUGCAUAUCUGGAUAGUUUUCUUGGUUAUCCCCACUGGAGUCAUUGUUGUCGUACUGACAUCUUGGGUGAUUAUUCAGCUGUGCUGCAGAAGAAGGCUAGCAGUCCAAUACAUAGAAGCAGAAGCAGAACUGAAAACUAAAUUGAAAACCUUUGCAAAUCUUGCAACUGAUGCUGAGAUUCAAGCACAAAGAAGGAAACUGAGGAGCCCUGCCAAAUAUGACAGAAAGCAUUUGCCAAAAACCAAGAGUGGCUGUUUACAGGAAGAAUCUAGAGCAUUAUUAAGUAAUGUCACAGUUACAGAAACAUCAACACCCUUUGGUUCAGAUCACUUCCCUGACUAUACUUGGCCAAAUAAAGUAGAAACCAGCUUUGAGGAAGGCAUAUCAGAGACUACUUUGGGAGAAGAAUAAAUUAAUUCUGUUUUAAAAACAGGUCUGAUUACUGGACAUUUGUUAAUACAAUGAGUUGGAAAGUAGUUUAGAGGUUUAAAGAAUAUAUAAUAGUAUGGUUCUGAUCAUCUAUUGGAAAAUUUAAGGUUAAAAAAAAAAAUCUCUCUUUAUAUACAUGAUGCAUUAUAUCUUGCAUCAUCAAGAAAGCCUAUCUUUUAUUUUAUGUUGUGAGCACUGCAGGAAAAAAAAUUAAUGAGCUUUUACUCUUUAAACAUUUUACUAUUGUCCUUCAGGUAAGUCUCCUUCAAAAUGUCUAGCAUGAAUCUGGUUUUGACCAUGACUUUGUUCCUGUUGAAGAAGGGUGAGUUCAAUGCAGUUCAGUUUUGUAACAGUCAUGUGCUAAAUCCAGAUGUGCUUAAAAUAUACCAAACUGUUUCUAAAUAUAAGUAGCCAGUACUUUGAGAAUAAUGGACUAAUGUAAGAGUUUUUAUUUUUUUCCUACUAUCACUGUACAGUCUAAGUAGAAGAUAAAGAAUAUAUUGAUUGUAAAAGCUGAUGCUAUGUUAUGCCUGCAGAAGGAUAUUUUAUCUUUCAUAAUUUAAAUGAAAAUUAUAUCCAACUGGAGAGUAUUAAAAUAUAUUUAAAUGCUUUAAUAUAUGUAUCGUAAAAAAGACUGUCUAAAGUGGGAAACAUUAGUUUUUUUAUAUCUCAUUUUGAAAAAAUGAUAAAAUUAAAUGAAUGCUAACAGUGUUCAUAUGAUAAAAUCUGAAAACAAUUCAAAAAGCCAAAAUUUUCAAAGUACUGCAGCUAAAACUAGAUCUUUAAUGCACAUACAUCUAGAUUUUUCCAUUUAGCAGUGUAUGUAUUACGCACAUUAAAAUUAAGAUAGUUUUUGGUCUAUUUGAUGUUUCAUCAAUGGUCAAAGUAAUCACAUUUGCUUUACGUACCACACCAAUCAUACACAAUCAUAAUAAUGCAAGUGUUGAUAGCAUUGAAUCUGUAUAGAACUGAUCAGCCUCAAAUAUAAUAAGAGACUUUACCUCCAUGCCAUAAAACACCAAAUAUGAGGCCCCCCCAUUUACUAUUUCGAUGCUAAUGAAAGUGUACCAUUUUUACUGUAGUGUGGUAAGUCACAGAAAGCUUUUAGAUCUUGGAAACAUUCAAGGAGGGUUUUUGGCUGUUUUUAGACUAUUUGUCUUAUGCCCUGCACUCUGCAAGGACUUGUGGCCUAGAAAGGAGCGGGAGAAAGAGCCCAAAGCAAGCAGUUGACUCCAAACGUUUACCAAGAAGGCAGAACACCUUAGAAGUGGUAGGUGGAGCCACUGUUAGCUAUUACAGUUGCAACCUGCAUUCAGUCUACAUGAACAGCUGGAGCUACUGGUCUAACUGUAUAAAAACACCAGUUAUUCAAAGAAUAUGUUGGAAGUUGAAUUCAAGUCUAGCAGGACAGUGGCAAAUAAAUGAAUCCCAGUAAGAAAAAAGUAGCAUUUGAAAUAAGUCUAACUCAUUUGACUAGAGGAAGUCAUCAUAUAGUCCAGACUUCUGUUAUGAACAUCUAGGCCACAGUUUGGCAAAGAAGUACCCACACUUCAGUUUGCUCUCAGUAAAUACUCCUAGGGCUUCCUAGAAAUAGUGACAGUGUUGAAAAAGAAGCUUUGAAAUAUGCUUAACAUGUGAAAGAAAGACCUAGAAAAGCAUCAUAAAGCUCAACAUGGAUGUAUAAACAAUGCAUUACUUUUCAAUCAAGAUACAUACACGCACAACUCCAAUUUACGACAUUAGGUAAAGUAGCAUAAAACUAGAACAUGAAUGAAGAGCAAGCUAUUAUCCUCUCUGAAAAACCAGAAAUCCCAACUCCUACUGGAACCAAAACUCAUCAGAAAUGUAGGCCAGGAAUCCCUUGCUUUGUCCUACUUGCUCUGAUAUUUGCCCCCUUCAGUUAUCCACUCCUAAGGGCAUACAGACUCUGCUGGUGCCUAUCCCUUGCUGCCACCCUGUUGAGAAGAGCCAAAUUAAACAAAAUGGAAACAGAACCGAAGCACCUCUCUCUAGAGCAAACUAUUGACAUUAACUCUAGCUUUCUACAGAGAAGAAAAUAAUGCUUUGUAAAUGUGUCAGCUGGGUCAUGUUAUAAAAACAACAGAAGGAAUCUUGUGCUUCUUUGAAGUGGCUUUAUGCUGUCUCCAGUCUUUCUUAAGCCAACCCAGAUUAUCACUCAGAUGGUGACAGACUGUUAUUAGCCCUUAGCUGGAAAGCUCAUCAGAAACCUGUAUCAAAUUUCUCUCCCUUGCAUUCAAAUUUCAUAACUUGCAAGUAAAAUUGGACUCUGUUUCUUCCAUCUUUUCUCCUAGUUCCUUUGAAUUCAAAACUGAUAAAUGAAUCAUUUCUUCAUUCUUUUGAAGGUGUCAUAGGUCUUGUGAAAACCUAGAAAAUAUUUAAGUAGUUUUGUUCCUAAGCCCUGUAUGCUUCUGCUGCUGGACUUACGUUCAAGAAUUUAGGAUAAUAAGCUCAUUGGUUCUGUAUGUAUUUAUUAUAGCCAUUCAAGGAUCUUCAAGGGGGGAUUUAACAUAACCUCUCAAGGAUCUUCACUGUUUUAUUGUCCAGCAAGUACUGAACAUUCACAUGUGACUGCAAAAAUCUCUAUGAUUAAAUUCUGCUUUUUCCAGAUUCUUAAUUCAUCAUAUAAGUCAAGGGAACAUGUUUUUGUAUGGUCUUUCACUGAAUAAUAUCUUCAUGGCUGUAUAAAAACAGAAUUACCACAAUACAUUCUGUUCCAUAAAAAGGUAUGUUUUAAAGGUCUCAACUUUCUAUUUGUUCACACUUUUGGCAUAUAUAUCUUUUAAAACAUCUAUAA